GCAGUCUGCACCAGCCCUCUCAUUUGCGAACGCGAGAAAUAUGGUUAGCCAAGAAUGAAAAAAGUGGACUGGACGCUCCCAGUUCUGGCACAGUGGCAACAUCACAGUGGGAGUUUCUCUAAGUUGAAACACAGUUGUUUGAAGGUAUACUUCAACUGGACGUCCGCUGGAGUGGCACGUUUGACCAUAUUUUAAGACGUGAAAGUUGUAGGCAACAACUUCAGAAGUUUAGAGCUGUCAAAAGCGAGGGGAAACCAUGAACAACAACUUCGAACCGGAUUUCUUUCCAUCCACUGAGUGGAAUUUACCGUCCCGUCGUGGAAUGUCAGUGGGACUGUAGCCGGAGUGAGGCUGUGCAUUUUGGGACGCGCUCUCAUGGAACUCCAGGUGGUAUGUGGACUGCUGUACUGCUUCCUGCUACCGACCUUCUUGCUUGCAGCUUGCCUGUUUCGCUACAAUGCCCUCUCCCUAGUCUACCUUCUCUACUUGCUGCUGCUGCCCUGGUUCCUCUGGCCCAACAAGCACACGUUACGAGGGCACACUGGCCGCUUCAUCAAGGCUCUCUUCUGCACCAGCCUGCUCUUCCUGCUGGGCCAUGUGGUCUUCCAGAUCUGCCUCUACACCCUCCCGGAGCUAGAUGACGCCCUCGGACACAACUGCAGCUCAACGGAAACACUAUCAAGACAUGUUGGGGUAUCCAGAUUGCCGCUGGAUGAGGUGUGGAGUGUGGUGCGGCUCCUCACCCCUGACCUGGGCAUAUUCAUCAUCUCACUGGUCACCAUGGUAACCUGCAACCGCCUGGCCAAGAAGAGGGACACUCCGCCCACAAGCCAGAGCUCUGUGUCUGUGCAGGCAGAGGGAGAGCAGCAGGAAGAUGAUGAUGAUGAGGAGUCGAUGAAGGAGAAGAAAGGCAGAGAGACGCCCAGUGUUGGUGAUGAGGAGGAAGAGGAGGAGGAAGAGGAGCAGGGAAGCAGCCUCCCCAGCACGGCGGCCCUGCUGGCGGCCCGGAUGAGGGCCAUGGCCCACCGCUUCCUCCAGGACCUGGGCCGCGUGCUGGCCAUCGUACUGCUAGCUCUGGCCGGUAUUACACUACCAUCAGCGUUCUCUGCGGUCUACUUCUUGUUGUUCAUUGGCGUGUGCACGUGGUGGGCCUGCCAUUUUCCCAUCAGCCACCUGGGCUUCAACGCGCUGUGCGUGAUGGUGGGCUUCUUCACUGCCGGUCACCUGGUGUGCCUCUAUCUCUACCAGAGCCCCUUCGCACAGGGAAUCUUCCCCCCAGACAGCCUAUGGGCAAGACUCUUUGGCCUGAAGGAUAUCAUUAAGGCAACUGGCAACUGCUCCUCUCCCUCCACAUCUGACCUCAUCCUCAACACGGCGCAUGAUUGGCCAGUCUACGUCAACCCGGGGAUCCUCCUGCUACUCUACAUCACCGUGGCGAUCGUGCUGAAGAUCAGCAGUCACAGCAGCCCUGUCAAGCAUGAAGAAGGCGGCGUGACUGCCAAUGAGGCGGCCCUACCGGGCGGAGGAGGAGGAGGAGAGGAGGUAGAGCUACAGCCCUGGGGGCAGGAGACACCAGCCAACGAGGAUGACACUAAGCAAAUGCUGCUUUCCAUUGGUGAGUCACCCACGACUGAAGCAGAGGAAGCCAACACUCCUAUGACCAACUGCUCCAGUCAGCAAGAUCUAGGCCUAGAUAAUUCCCCGCCUGUUCAGCCUGGAGACAGCCCCCUGGCCCUGGUGGCCCGGAUGGUCAUGGAGCAGAGCUACAUCGGGGCUCUCAUCGCCAUGAUGGUGUGGAGUAUCACCUACCACAGCUGGCUGACGUUCGUGCUGCUGCUGUGGGCGUGCCUGAUCUGGAUGAUGCGGGCGCGCCGCCACUUCGCCAUGCUCUGCUCGCCCUUCAUCCUGCUGUACGGCCUGGCCCUGUGCGGCCUGCAGUACGUCUGGGCCAUGGAGCUAGAGCCCGAGCUGCCCCAGAACGUGGGCACCAUGAGCCUGCGCCAGCUGGGCCUGGACAGGUCGCCCUACCCCUGCCUGCGCCUGGGAGCCAUGUUGCUGUACACCCUGACCUUCUGGCUGCUGCUGAGGCAAUCCGUUAAGGACAACUUCCGCAAGAAGAAAAGCAUCGCUGCCCCUCUGACAGAGGUGACAACUGGUGAAACAGUUGGUCGAAAUGAGUCCAUCCUGAAGGUGCUUGGAGCCGUGGUGAUGAGUUUUUACGCUAAGUACUGGAUCUACGUGUGUGCGGGCAUGUUCAUCAUGGUCAGCUUCGCAGGCAAGCUGGUGGGCUACAAGAUCGUCUACAUGCUGCUCUUCCUGCUCUGUGUCUGUUUGUAUCAGGUGUACUACUCUCUGUGGAGAAGACUGCUGAAGGUCUUCUGGUGGCUAGUGGUGGCAUACACCAUGCUGGUGCUUAUCACCAUCUACACCUUCCAGUUCGAGGACUUCCCAGACUACUGGAAAAACUUCACAGGCUUCACGGAGGUUCAGCUGGGGGACAUCGGGCUGGAGACCUUCGCCCUGUCGGAGCUCUUCUCCAGCAUCCUGAUCCCGGGCUUCUUCCUGCUGGCCUGCAUCCUGCAGCUGCACUACUUCCACCGGCCCUUCAUGAAGAUCACCGACCUGGCCCACGUCACACCCAUACACAGGAAGAAGAACUCACCCAAGCCCGAGGUGCUGAGAUGUACGGACGGUGUUGGCAUUGAUGAUGAGGAGCUGAUCACAGGCCUGGGGGCAGAGGUGCCCAGGUGCCCGCGUGGCGUUGGCAUCGAAGACGAGGAACUCAUGACUGAUCUCGGGGCUGAGGAGGAGUCAGAGGAUGAUGAGAUGAUGCCCAGUAAGUGGGGGCUGGUGAUGGACCGGCUGGUGGUGCUCUUCAGGAAGUUCUACGACACCCUGACCCACAUCCAGGCCUUCAUCUGGAGGGUGCUGGAGCUCUACAUCCUCAAGAUGGUCGCCUUCUGCAUCGUAUGGGUGGCCCUGGGGGAGCCGUCGGUGAUGAACUUGGUGCUGGUGGUGCUGUGGUCCUUCGCCAUGCCGUAUGUGCGCUUCAGAGCCAUGGCCUCCUGCCUGUCCACCGUCUGGGUGUGUGUCAUCAUUGUCUGCAAGAUGCUCUACCAGCUCAGCAUCGUCAACCCCAUCGAGUACUCCAGCAGCUGUACCAAGCCGUUUGCCAACGAGACAAAUCUGAGUCCGGAGGAGGUGGCCAACUCCACCCUGUUCAGGAGCUCCGGGGUGGACCCAGCCAACUGGUUUGGCAUCAGGAAAGAGUCCACGGUGCUGGGCUACAUCAAGAAUCACCUGCUGGUGUUGCUGCUGCUGGUGUUUGAGGCCACGGUGUACCGGCACCAGGCCCACCACUACAAGCAGCUGCAGCGCUCGCCCCCCAACAUCCCCGCCCUCUUCCCCAACGCCAAGCGGGACAACCUGGACAAGAGCCUGCUCUUCUGCAUCAAGUACCUGCUCAGCUACAGCUUCUACAAGUUUGGCCUGGAGAUCUGCUUCCUGAUGACGGUGAACGUGAUUGGACAGAGGAUGAACUUCCUGGUGAUCUUGCACGGUUGCUGGUUGGUUGCCAUUAUGGUGCGUCGGCGCCGGGCGGCCAUCGCUACGAUCUGGCCCAAGUACUGCCUCUUCCUGGUCAUCUUCACCAUCUACCAGUAUGUGCUGUGCGUUGGCAUCCCUCCGGCCCUCUGCAUCGACUAUCCCUGGCGUUGGACCUCCUCCGUCACCAUCAACUCAGCACUCAUCAAGUGGCUCUACCUGCCUGACUUCUACACCAUCCCCAACUCCAAAAACCUCAUGGCGGACUUCCUGCUGCUGAUGUGCGCGUCUCAGCAGUGGCACGUGUUUGAGAAUGAGAAGACGGAGGAGUGGAUGGUGUCCGGAGGGGACAACAAGGACAACCCCAACCCCAUGGACGGACUGCCCUUCAACCCCGCUCCCAACUUCAUCAACUGCAGGAGCUACUUGGACAUGGCCAAGGUGCUGGUGUUCCGCUACAUGUUCUGGUUCGUGCUGGCCGUGGUGUUUGUGACGGGGGCUACGCGCAUCAGCGUGUUCGGCCUGGGCUACCUGCUGGCCUGCUUCUUCUUCCUGCUCUUCGGCACCCAGCUGCUGGUCAAGCCGUCCCGCACGCGCCUGGCCCUCUGGGACUGCCUCAUCAUGUACAACGUGGGCGUCAUCAUCUCCAAGAACCUGCUCUCGAUCCUGGCUUGCGUGUUCGUGGUCGAGAUGCAGAAGAACUUCUGUUGGGUGAUUCAGCUCUUCAGCUUGGUGUGCACAGUGAAAGGCUACUAUGAUCCUAAGGAGGUGAGUGAUAAGGAGUGUUCCCUGCCGGUGGAGGAGGCGGGCAUCAUCUGGGACAGCAUCUGCUUCUUCUUCCUGCUGCUGCAGAGGAGAGUCUUCCUCAGCUUCAACUUCCUCCACGUCACCGCAGACCUGCAGGCCUCGGCCCUCCAAGCCUCACGGGGUUUUGAGCUUUUCAGAGCCAGCAUCAAGAAGAACAUGAGGUUCCACCAGCAGGCAGAAAAGAAGUCCCUUCAGCAGCUGAAGAGAUCAAUGGAGCGCAUUCGAUCCAAGCAGCAGAAGUACAAGGAGGGACGCAAGGCCUCGAGCUCCAAGGAGGAGAAGGAACCAGGGUCUCAAGAGGAGAGCAAGAAAGAACGAAGGAGCUCCAAGAAGAAAUGGCACCGGCCAUGGAUGGACCACGCCACUGUGGUGCACUCUGGAGAGUAUUACCUGUUCGAGUCGGACAGCGAGGAGGAGGAGGAGCUGUUCUCAGAGGAGCAGAAGCCACAGAAACAGACAGCCUUCCAGUUGGCGUACCAGGCGUGGGUGACGAGUGCCAAGGAGGCCCUGAGGGAGCGCCAGCAGAGGCAGAGGGAGCAGCGCAGGCUGGAGAGGGAGAGGAGACAACAGGCCACCCAGCCCACCUUCCAGCCAGCUGGUGACGGAGAGGAGCCCGUGUUUGAGGAGGGCACGUCCCAGGAUGGAGAGCUGGCGGAGGAGGCAGAGGAGUCAGUGGGUAGUGACAUGGUGCAGCGUCUGAUGGACAUCCUGCGUUUCCUGCGCGUGCUGUUCCUGGCCAUGGUGGACGGCGUGACGCUCUGGCUCAACAUGCUGACCAAGCAGUACGUGGACACCUCCACCGUGCUCUGCAACGAGAGAUACAUGCUCAUACACAACAUCAGCCAGGUCCAGAGGCAGCUGUCGAGUGAGCGCCUGUCUCAGGGCAGCGAGAGCCCCACUCUGGAGACCUGCCUGGACGAGACGGACGCCGACCAGCUGCACAGCAGCGGCGCCAUCAGUGGGGCAGACCUGGAGGAGAGUGAGCUGGACACGGGCACGCCCCGUACCAGUGCCUACAGCUGCUCCACGCAGGAGCUAGAGGUGGUACCACGCUCCGCCAGACAGCUCCGCCAGUCACGCACCGCUAGCGAACUGCUGACUGACAGAUCCUUCUUCAUGGAGGAGCUGGUGCACAGUCGUGAGUUCUACUCGUCCCAGAACCGUCUGCUGAAGCUGCUGUUUGCCCUCUACAACCUGCUGGCUGCCAACUCGGAGCUGGUCUGCUACUUCAUCAUCGUGCUGAACAACGUGGUGACGGCCUCCGUCAUCUCCCUGGUGCUGCCCAUCCUCAUCUUCCUCUGGGCCAUGCUGGCCGUGCCCCGGCCCAGCAAGCGCUUCUGGAUGACCGCCAUCGUCUACACGGAGGUGAUGGUGAUUGUGAAGUACCUGUUCCAGUUUGGCUUCUUCCCCUGGAACAGCGUGUUUGAGACGCACCUGAACGAGGACAAGCCCUUCUUCCCGCCGCGCAUCCUGGGCCUGGAGAAGACCGACAACUACAUACGCUACGACCUGCUGCAGCUGCUGGCGCUCUUCUUCCACCGCUCACUGCUCAUGAAAUACGGUCUGUGGGAUCAGGAUGGUCCGCUGGAGGAGAAGAGUGGUGAUUCGCCUGAGGCCCAGACCAAGAAGGGGAGCGGAGAGGGAGAGGAGGGUCAGCCUAUCCCCACUACCAGCCUCACCGACCUGGAAGUCGGCCUCGCUGCAGACACCCCCCAGAUCGCAGACACACCGCCCCUGUCUCUGGAUGCUGAGCCUGAGCCUGAGCCUGAGGCCACUGCACAACCCACCCCUGAGCCUACGCCUGAACCCCCCAUGCCUGACCCCUCCACAGAGCAGAAGGCCGCCAAGAAAGGCGGACUGCUGCGAUUCCGCAGGAAGAAAUCACCCAAGAAAGAGGGUGCUGAAAGCAAAGAGUCCAAGAAGAAAUCUAAGGGCAAGCGCAGAGAGGCCACGAGUAAGAAGCUGAAGGCCAUCGGAAUGAAAAUCCAACAAACAUUUAUAACGGGAGUGAGGAACGUCUACAGACCGACCCAUAGGUUCUUCCGGGACAUCCUGCAUGCGGAGUACCGCGCCACCACAGACGUCUACGCCCUCAUGUUCCUCACUGACAUGGUGGACUUCAUCAUCAUCGUCUUCGGCUUCUGGGCCUUUGGGAAACACUCGGCGGCGGCGGACAUUGCCUCCUCGUUGUCGGAGGACCAGGUGCCCGAGGCCUUCCUGGUCAUGCUGCUCAUCCAGUUCAGCACCAUGAUCAUCGACCGCGCCCUCUACCUCCGCAAGACCGUGCUGGGCAAGCUCAUCUUCCAGAUCAUCCUGGUCUUUGGCAUCCACCUCUGGAUGUUCUUCAUCCUGCCCGCAGUCACUGAGAGGAUGUUUAAUCAGAACUUCGUGGCGCAGCUCUGGUACUUCGUCAAGUGCAUCUACUUCACGCUGUCGGCCUAUCAGAUCCGCUGCGGCUACCCCACGCGCAUCCUGGGCAACUUCCUCACCAAGAAAUACAACCACCUCAACCUCUUCCUCUUCCAAGGUUUCCGUCUGGUUCCGUUCCUGGUGGAGCUGAGGGCGGUGAUGGACUGGGUGUGGACGGACACCACGCUGUCGCUGUCCAACUGGAUGUGCGUGGAGGACAUCUACGCCAACAUCUUCAUCAUCAAGUGCAGCCGUGAGACUGAGAAGAAAUACCCGCAGCCCAAGGGCCAGAAGAAGAAGAAGAUAGUGAAGUAUGGCAUGGGCGGCCUCAUCAUCUUCUUCCUCAUCUGCAUCAUCUGGUUCCCACUCCUCUUCAUCUCAUUGGUCCGAUCGGUUGUGGGCGUGGUCAACCAUCCCGUAGAUGUCACCGUCACUGUUAAACUUGGAGGUUAUGAGCCAUUAUUCACCAUGAGUGUCCAGCAGCAGUCCAUCCAGCCUUUCACAGAAGCAAACUACGACAAGCUCACCAAGGAGUUUGGGAACAACGCAGUUGCCAUGCAGUUCAUCACGCUGUACAGCUUCGAGGACAUCGUGACGGCCAACAUCGAGGGCAGCUCGGGCUCCGUGUGGCGCAUCAGCCCCCCCAGCAGGCAGGAGCUCAUCAAGGAGCUACUGGGCAGCUCAGCAGAGAUGACACUACGCCUCUCAUGGGUCUUCCAGAGGGAUUUGGGGAAGGGAGGUACAGUGGAGAACACCUUUGACAAACACUCCAUCAACCUGGAGCCAGAGGACCCUGUGAGAGCAGACCUGGCCUCCCUACUGGUGGGAAACCGCACUGAACCUGUGCUGGUUCCUCGAAUGUUCCCCAACUACAUCCGAGCUCCCAACGGGGCUGAUGCUAAACCUGUGAGCCAGCUCUACGAAGGUGACGAGGACGGCUACCAGGACGUGACGCUGUCCCUGACGAGUGGCGGUACGCAGGAGUGGUGGGACAUCAGCGUGGCGGGCUGUGACCCGGCCACCAAGGCCUGUGGCGUCCUGCCCAUGGUUAUCUUCAAUGACAAAGUCAGCCCGCCCAGUCUUGGCUUCCUGGCAGGCUAUGGGAUCAUGGGUCUGUACGUGUCGGUGGUGCUGGUGAUCGGCAAGUUUGUGCGCGGCUUCUUCAGCGAGAUCUCGCACUCCAUCAUGUUCGAGGAGCUGCCGUGCGUGGACCGCAUCCUCAAGCUCUGCACCGACAUCUUCCUGGUGCGGGAGACCAGCGAGCUGGAGCUGGAGGAAGAGCUCUACUCCAAACUCAUCUUCCUCUACCGCUCGCCAGAGACCAUGAUCAAAUGGACACGCGAGAAUCCCAAAGACUAGCCUCACUACAGUAUGAAUGAGACACACAAAUAAACUGUUUUUUAAAAAACAAGAAUAGCCCAAGCCAAACAAAAAAAAACAGCCAACCUCGUUCGUCCACUUGUGCCUGGGCUCCAGGGCUGUUAUUGAUGCCGCCGUAACAGACUGUUAUUUGCACACCGUCUACGGCUGCCAUACCCAGUAACGCACACAUGCUGCCAUGUUGCAAAGUCUUAACCCCUCUCCCUUCAUUGAAGAAGCACAAUAGCAUGCAAAAUGAUUAAAGAAAUGUGAUGCUGUGCACACAGUGCAGCAGGACAGUGUUACUGUUACUGUGCCUUACCUCAGAGGAGGUUUUCCUGACUGCACAUGGAAAUCAUACGCUUCCUCCUGCAGGGAUAUAAGUGACUCUGUGGGGAGGAAAGGACACAGGGACGGGGAAGUGAUAGUGGUGGCAGCCAGCCCUGCAGUUCUGCACUGUGUGUGUGUGUGUGUGUGUGUGUGUGUGUGUGUGUGUGUGUGUGUGUGUGUGUGUGUGUUGACCUGGCCUGAUAAAGUUGGCCAGCUCCUGGGUUGGUGUUAUAUGUGGUCCAGGGCUUCUCGUUUAUCACCCUCCCACUCCUUUCCCUUCCUCCUCCUCCUCCGUUCCCCCCCGUUCCCACAGGACUGGAGCUGCACACGCCUCCUGCCUGCUGCAUCCCUUAGUAAUCCUCCAUGUGUCGGGCCUGGCAGAUGGAGAGCCUCACUGCCAGAAACGUCCAAUUGUGUGAAUGGAUGAGCCAAGCAGAGCCCCAGGAAGGCAGGCCACCCCACAGGCCUAUGACUGGAGCAGAGCAGUCUGUCUCUUCCUCUCUGUCUGAGGGGAGACUGCCGGGAGAUUUCAGGCUCAGCAGAGCCGUCGAUCAGACAAGGACCUUUUGUUGCCAAUAGUAACAAACACUAGUUUAAUACAGAUGUCCUUAUAUUUCUUUACAUCGAAAACUGUUUACAGAAUGUUUAAAGGUGUUGGAUGGAAGUACAUUGUUACAAUAUUCUUUGUAACUGGCUUUAGAAUUAUACUGACAUAACCAAAGAUGUCAGGGGACAAAGACUUGUUUUUUUCCUCUCCUGGCAAAGGAAGAGCGUGUUUUACAGACUACAAAGCAAACUCUUCUUACAAGUAAUUCUGCUGAUAUUGACUGGAAUGCGUUGUUGGGUCCCCCAGCAAUGGUCUUUUGGGAAAACUGUCAUGCUGGAAUUCAGUAACGCAUUUUAUUAUUUGGUAAAUGUUUUCUGCAAUAGCCAAAUCACUACUACUGUGCCUCAAUAUUGGACAAUGACUGUAAAACAGCGUGGACCAGCUGGACACUAACUUAAAAUUGUUUUUAUGAUGUCCAACCAAGACACAUAUAUUUUGAUUUUUGCUUAGACAUAAAAAAAAAUCAUAUUUCCUGAAAGUGUCCUUGCUACCUUUCUUGUCUUGUAACCAGACUGUUACAAGGGUUAAUUCUAAAGGGAAAUUCUAUGACAUUUUCAUAUCUGUGAUUAAAGACGAAAUAAAAAAGAAAACAAAACAGAAUAAAAAAUAAAAAUAAAUGCUGCACAUGUUGCCAAUAAAUAACAAUCAUCAUUUAAAUAAA